AUGACGCCCUGGGAGCACUCAACCGUGACGACAAACCUUCAACACUCGAGGAAUGGAAAGCUUACGUUUACCCCUUCGUCAUAUGAAGGAUACACUGCGGGAAAUGUUCUCCACUUCCAAGCACUAGGUGAAAACGUUUCGGGUUUGGUGUACCUUGCUUACCUGGACUGUCACGAGUGCACAAUCUUUAGAAACAGAUACGUCAAUGAUGAGGCGUGCACCCUCCAUGUUCCCGAGAGCGCCCUGGGAAAGAACAAAACGUUCUGCAAUUUUAUGUUCGAUCUUCUCUGCGGAAUAGGGCAAAAAUACUACAGCUUUAACGAAAGUUGCUUGAACUGA